AUGGCGUUUACUAAUUACAGCAGUCUGAAUCGAGCACAGCUGACUUUUGAAUACCUCCAUACCAAUUCAACCACCCACGAAUUCCUGUUUGGGGCCCUCGCUGAGCUCCUGGACAAUGCCAGAGAUGCAGAGGCCACCAGAAUCGAUAUUUAUGCAGAGUACCGAGAGAACCUCCAGGGAGGCUUCAUGCUCUGCUUUCUGGAUGAUGGCACCGGAAUGGAUCCCAGUGACGCCGCCAGUGUGAUACAGUUUGGGAAAUCGGCCAAGCGGACCCCCGAAUCCACACAGAUUGGACAGUACGGCAACGGCUUGAAAUCGGGGUCCAUGCGUAUCGGGAAGGAUUUCAUUCUCUUCACCAAGAAGGACGACACCAUGACCUGCCUCUUCUUGUCUCGGACAUUUCACGAGGAGGAAGGCAUCGACGAAGUCAUCGUCCCUCUGCCCACUUGGAAUGCCCGUACUCGCCUGCCCAUUACAGAAAACAUGGACAAGUUCUCCACUGAGAUCGAGCUCAUCUAUAAGUAUUCGCCCUUCAAAUCAGAGCAGCAAGUGAUGGACCAAUUUAAGAAGAUCUCUGGGAAGAUGGGAACCCUGGUUAUCAUCUUUAAUCUCAAACUCACAGACAACGGCGAACCGGAGCUGGACAUCGUCUCAGACCCCUGGGACAUCCAGAUGGCCGAGACGUCCCCCGAGGGCACGAAGCCGGAGCACCGCUCUUUCCGAGCCUACGCGGCCGUCCUUUACAUCGACCCUAGAAUGAGGAUAUUCAUCCACGGCCACAAGGUGCAGACCAAGCGACUCUCCUGCUGCCUAUAUAAGCCCAGGAUGUACAAGUACACCUCCAACCGCUUCAAGACCAGGGCCGAACAGGAGGUGAAGAAAGCGGAGCACGUGGCCCGCAUAGCAGAAGACAAGGCUCGAGAGGCAGAGAACAAAGCCCGAGUGUUAGAACUGAGACUGGGAGGAGACCUCACCAGGGAAUCCAGGGUAGCCUUAAGGCAAGUUCAGGGCACAGCUAUUAACUUGCGCAGGGAAGCUGGCAUCAAGAAGUGCAUCAGAGAAGCCAAACAGCGUGCCUUAAAGGAACCCAAGGAACUGAACUUCGUCUUUGGAGUGAACAUCGAACAGCGGCACCUGGACGGCAUGUUUAUAUACAAUUGUAGUCGCCUGAUUAAGAUGUAUGAGAAGGUGGGUCCUCAGCUAGAGGGCGGCAUGGCCUGCGGCGGGGUAGUCGGGGUGGUGGACGUGCCCUAUCUGGUCCUGGAGCCCACCCAUAACAAGCAAGACUUUGCUGAUGCCAAGGAGUACCGUCAUCUGCUGAAAGCCAUGGGCGAUCACUUGACCCAGUACUGGAAGGACGUGGCCAUCGCCCAGAGGGGAAUCAUUAAGUUCUGGGAUGAGUUUGGCUAUCUCUCCGCCAACUGGAGCCAGCCCCCGUCCAAGGAGCUUCGUUAUAAGCGCAGGAGGGCUAUGGAGAUUCCCACCACUAUCCAGUGUGACUUGUGUCUGAAGUGGCGGACGCUGCCCUUCCAGCUGAGCUCUGUGGAGAGGGACUACCCAGAUACGUGGGUGUGCACGAUGAACCCCGAUGCCGAGCAAGACAGCUGCAAUGUGUCUGAGCAGAAGCAAAAGGUGCCCCUCGGGACUCUGAAGAAGGACUUAAAGACCCAAGAGGAGAAACAGAAACAGCUGACGGAGAAGAUCCGGCAAAAGCAGGAGAGACUGGAGGCUCUGCAAAAAUCCAUCCCUAUCAGAUCCCAAGCUGACCUGAAGAAGCUGCCCCUGGAAGUGAGCUGCAGGCCGACGGUGAAGGAGUCCCACGCCGUUCGUAGAAUCUCGCGCCCCAGGUCCCCCCCGCUGCCAGCCGAGAUUAAAAACUCUCCAAGCCGACCCCCACCACUCAAAAAUCCAAGGUCAGCCUUUCAGGCCAGAAGGGGCUCUCUCGCCAUAGCGCCGAGACUAGCUCACUCACCCGCCCAGGAGGAAGCCGGCAUAUCAAGGAUGUCCUCGUCCGCUCUGGCUCCCCGGAAGCCCAGCAGCACCGCGGUCAAUCCGGCUCCCAGAAUGCUCUCGGUGAUUGUCAGUGCCCAGAAGAGAAGCUUCCCCGAGACCGAGGAGGAGGCUGAAGAAGAUGGAGACCGGAGGAAGGGGAAGUUCAAGCGGAGCAAGGGCCUUGUAGUGAAGGAUGAGAAGAAAGACUCCAGUGAAGAAGACCUGGCAGUGCUGAAGAAAGCCCAGAAGGACAAAGGGCGGCACGUGGAGGUUCGAGUGAAUGGAGAGUGGUGUACUGGCCGGGUGACCGCCGUGGACAUGAGCAAACACGGCCUCCGCUGGAAGGUGAAAUUUGAUUACGUACCCACGGACACCACGCCGAGGGACCGCUGGGUGGAGAAGAGGAGUGAGGACGUGAGGCUGAUGAAGCCCCCCUCCCCGGAGUCUCAGAGCCCCGACACGCAGCAGCAGGAGGAUGAAGAUGUGACCAUCACUGUGGAGCCCUCCACCUCCGAUUGUAUCCGCACCGAACCGGACACCACCGCCCCGAAUAGCAGCCAGGAGUCGGUGGAGCUGCUGGUCCAGACCCUGCGGAAUUGUCUCCGGUAUUUCCUGCCUCCCAACUUCCCCAUCUCCAAGAAGGAGCUGAAUUCUAUGAGCCCAGAGGAGCUGAUGACCUUCCCUUUGAAGGAGUACUUCAAACAGUACGAGAUGGGUCUGCAGAACCUGUGCAACUCCUAUCAGUCCCGGGCCAAAGCCUCUGAGGAGAACCUCCGUGCCUCUGAAAGGAAGCUUCGAGAGACCGAGGAAAAGCUGCAGAAUCUGAGGACGAAUAUUGUGGCCCUGCUCCAAAAAAUGCAAGAGGUGAGCAGGGACUCAUCUCGGGAGCACGGGUCGGGCUCCGGGUUCGAGUCUUGCCCAGAGCAUCCUCUGAGAGAUCUGACUUAG